AUGGCGGACAAUCAAAGUUUCCAGAAAACGGAUAAGCACCAAUUCGAUGUAGUACCACCGCCUUCAUUUGAAACAGAUGAAAAAGAAAGACAACGUCUUUUUGAACAGGGUUCUUCAGUUCAUCAGUUUGAUAAUUUGCCUGAGGUAACAGAAGAUGCUGUGCGGGCGGCAUUGCGAAAUGAGACAAAACGUCACAAAUAUUGGAAAGCUAGUGCUGUCACAAAAAUGAUAAUUAAUCGGAUCGACAGCAGUGCCUGCUUACAUUAUGUUAUGGAAAGCUUCACUGAAAUGCGAAGUACGAGCAAAGCAGUAGAAGGUGUCACGCUUGGACAGUUUCUGCAGCAACAACAAAGUGCUUUUGGCACUGUAAAUAUAGGUUCAAAUCCAUGGGACUAUGCGAUGGACCCACCUGAAGAUUUCGUCGCACAGGUGAAAGUGUUGGAAAUGCCAGGCACAAGCGAGCUGAUGGCUUGUCAUUCCUGUAAUGCAGAAGGUUUGACACACUGUUUCUAUUGUCGUGGUUAUGGUACUGACAAAUGCACCUGUUGUAGAGGAACGGGUAUGAAAACAGGAGUCGCUCAUCCAGCUAUUUAUACCCAUCCGAUGGUUGCUGCCUUUCCUCAUUCGGACUUGAGUCGAGGUUAUCCAGGCUCAGGUACUGCCAUCGUACGGCCUACAUCAGGAGGUCUAGCAUAUGGCGUAGGUACACCGGUCCAUUUUAUGACCCGAGCUGGGGUUCCACCACCCGGUAUCGGUCAUCAUGACUUAUGCCACUUCUGUCAAGGUCGCGGCAUUCGUGAGUGUUCUCGUUGCAAAGGACAUGGGAAAAAACCGUGCUCAGCAUGUGGCGGAAGCGGCAGUAUACGAACUUACAUCAAACUACGAGUGCAAUUUGCCGUUGAACACAGCGACUAUUACAGUCCUUGCGAUAUACCCGAGAAAAUGCUAUCAAAAGUUGGCGGGAAAGUGAUUAUGAGUGAAUGUCAGCCCUAUGUAUGUUUUCUGUGGAAA